UCCCAGAGGACAGUUUGAAACAGAGGAGGGCAGAGAGGGGACCUGGGAGGAGGCAGGGAGAGGGCGGGGACGGGGGGCUGGGGCUCAGCCCAGGGGCUUGGGUGGCAUCCUGGGCAGGGCAGGACAGGGGGCUGAGCUGUGGGUAGGGGAGAAUGCGACUCUCUAAAACCCUCGUCGACAUGGAUAUGGCUGACUACAGUGCUGCUCUGGACCCAGCCUACACCACCCUGGAGUUUGAAAAUGUGCAGGUGUUGACCAUGGGCAAUGACACAUCCCCGUCUGAAGGCGCCAACCUCAACUCAUCCAACAGCUUGGGCGUCAGUGCCCUGUGUGCCAUCUGUGGAGACCGGGCCACAGGCAAACACUACGGAGCCUCAAGCUGUGAUGGCUGCAAGGGAUUCUUCAGGAGGAGUGUGAGGAAGAACCACAUGUAUUCCUGCAGGUUUAGCCGGCAGUGUGUAGUGGACAAAGAUAAGAGGAACCAGUGCCGCUACUGCAGACUCAAGAAGUGCUUCCGGGCUGGCAUGAAGAAGGAAGCCGUCCAAAAUGAGCGGGACCGGAUCAGCACACGGAGGUCAAGUUAUGAGGACAGCAGCCUGCCGUCCAUUAAUGCGCUCCUGCAGGCAGAGGUCCUGUCUCAGCAGAUCACCUCUCCUAUCUCUGGGAUCAACGGCGACAUUCGGGCAAAGAAGAUCGCCAACAUUACAGACGUGUGUGAGUCCAUGAAGGAGCAGCUGCUGGUUCUGGUGGAGUGGGCCAAGUACAUCCCGGCCUUCUGUGAGCUUCUUCUAGAUGACCAGGUAAGGGCAGGUAUGCUGGGAGCAGAGGUGGACACUGGGCCAUCAGGGUCCAGCUGACCUACCAAAGACAUAGCCUUGGGCUGAUUUGAUUUUAUUCAAUGAAAUACACAUCACUCAUGUGUUCCCAGAACUGUUUAAGUCAUUCUACAAAUAUUAGCUCAGUCUCCCUAAGGACUAUGAAAUAGGAAUGUUUCUCAUCUUCCAGGUGAGGAAACCAGGGCACAGAGAGGUUAAGUAAAUUGCUCAAGGUCACACAGCCAGUAAUCAACAUAAGUGGGAUUAGAACCAACCAGAGAUGCUCCAAAGUCCAGACUCUUAACCACUGCAUCAUUCAGCAUUCCUGGAGGUGUUGACAGGGAUCUGAAACCGGGAAUCAGGAGAUUUGGCUUAAGCUCUGGUUUUAAGACCAGUUCCCUGGGUGAUUUGGGACUAAUUACUUAGCUCCAAGGCCCAGUGUUCUUAUCUACCAAGUGGAAGUUAUCUCUCCAGAGUGUUGUCAGAACUGGGGCCGUUCUUGUUUGAAAAGUCCUGGAUGGUGCAACAACAGUUCAGCCGGACCUCUGCCGUCCGCCCCAAUGUUGAGUCUCUUGCUUCUCCCCCAAGAUGGUUUGUCAGCAUUUUAUAUUCAAGGCACCUUCUCUGGACUCCCAAAAUGGGUCCAGGGAGGGGAAGUGCAGGGGUGGAGGGCUGUGUGUGUCUUUGGAUGGAUAAGUUUCUGAAAUGCUUCAUCCUGUGGCUCCCGAUACACACAUACCCCUUGGCCUGCACAGACAUCUUCCCUGCCUGGGUAAUGGGGAGGGAAUCAGCCACCUUCCCAACAUCGAAAGCCCCAGCUCUUUGCCCAUGAGUUUGAUAGUGCAGCAUCUCCUGUCUUGUUGUUAUUUGUU